AUGAGCUCUAGGAAUUCCAUGGGCGUCCCGCAAAGAGCCCAGCAACGGGCGCUCACCGGCUCAGCUCUUCAUGCUCAUCAGCGCAGCAUAUCCUCGUCACACAUACAGCCUCAUUCGCCCGUUCGGAAGGAUGCCUUUGCCGACCAUAACCAACCGACCGACCCUUCCGACGUCGCCACAGCCUCAUCCCAGGCCACCACCGCUAGCCGCCAUGGCGCAACCCCAAGGCGCGCCGCCGGCUCCAAGCUCCGCAUCGAGCUCUCCAACGAUGACAACGUGACACCUGGCCCGGCCACCGACUCUCCCCAGGCCACGCCCUCCAUCACAUCCCACAGCGCCGCCCCCGACUCCAGCACAGAUGUCAGCGGUCAUGGCAGCCCGGCCCUGUCCCGAGCCUCUCAUGCCGACUCGGCCAUUCCUCGAAUGCCCAUGCCUCAGCGCCGCGGUCCUCUGCAGCGCUUCGUCGCCAGCAGCAAAACACCCGCGCCUCCCACCGCACCCCUCAAGCGCGACUCUAAACCCAAGCAAUAUUCCAUCGAGGUUCCUCUCGACGCCCCGCGCUUUCUGUCCACUAACAAGCAAGACGCUGUUCACCGCGAUCCUUUCAACAAGGGUCUUUUCUCCGGUAAUGCCGACUUUUUUCCUUGGACCGGCCGCCACCACGAAGACGAAUGGAGCACUGAGGCCAUACAAAAAGGAACAUGGGAUCGCGGCAGCCAAAACGAGACUUCCUCGGCCCGCCUUGCAGUCUAUCCGUCUCUUAAGCAGAAGACGGGGCUCAAUGCAUUGUCCACCAUAUUCAUGGGAGUUCUCAAUCAGCGACGAAACCGAGGCCAAAUCACCGCCCCGUCUACAUUCAAGCCGCCUCCUCGCGUCACACUCACCGAUACGAAACGUGAGGUGUGGCUCAAGGAUCUGGCGAAUCCGACCAUUUCGCUACGACGCCUCAGUCGCACCAUUCCCCAUGGAAUUCGCGGCCGGACUCUUCUCGACCAGUGUCUCAACAAAAACGUGCCAACCGAGCGAGCCGUCUGGCUGGCCAAGUGCGUCGGCGCCAAUGAGAUCCGAGCCUUCAAGCGCAAGGGUGUCACCGGCGCAUUGGUCUUGGGGAAUGAGCUUAAAUGGAUCAGAGACUGGACUAUAUUUAUCGAACAGUUUGUUGACGCUGUCGUCUCCUCGGUUGGCGAGCCUGAUUGGAAGCAGAGAGUAACCUACUCCAUCCGCCUCGCCACCGUUCUCUACUCUGAGCAUUUGCUCGAUCGAGAUCAUUAUCUUGACUGGAUUGUCUCGGGUUUGGAAAACAGCAGCCAAGCCAAGCUUCCCAUGUGGAUAUUGAUUGCUCAGAUAUGUUGGACAGACAUACUUCGAUCGAGAAAAUCAGGCCGCCGCCUUGUUUUCGCUCUACUGAAUCAUUUGAACACAAUAUACAACGACCUCGAUCGGGAUAUUUUGAUGCCGCUCUCGAAUCAGCUGGCGUCGCUACUCAAGACACUGGUUGUAAACAACCCGGAGAGCUUCAUUCAGCCACUGCAAUGGCUCAAAUACCGCGAAAGUCUUUCCGCCUUCCUCCCACCCGAUGCAAGUAUAUUGCAGCAAGCAUAUCGCUCCAUCAAUCAAAGAAACUCGGAACUUUUGGUCUCCAGUACCGCCUCCCCACCCAUCGGUGGCAAAGAGCAUUUGGUCAAACUUUUAGACGCCACCUUACACGGCAAGGUCGACCGCGAUUUAUCCACCAAAUGCUGGUCAAUUUCGGAAGACAAGACACAAGUUCUCAAGACUGUCAUUGAAUGGGUCACUUCUUUUCACCGCCCAGGCUUGGAAAAGAUCUAUACUGCCACUAACCUGCUGCGGUCUUGGGGUAGCUUUCGGAUUAACACGACAGGCGCCAUUCUCGACGCUCUCGACUCGAUAGAGCCCGAUGAUACAGUUCGGAAACAAGCAGUCUACCGCCUGGUAACUGAACUGGCACGAACUGGACACUUUUCCAUCUCCCAGUACAUCCAGUGGCUGAUAGCUCGAGGCAACUGUCACAGCGCUGCUGAUGUGGAAGACACAGGUCCAUGCGCAUCUAGGCUCCUUGUUGAGCUACCCGUUCACUGCAUACCGGAGGAUCGCAAGUUGGACCGCGCCAACUUGCUACGUCGCGCCGCCAACUACGAUGUUGCCGAUGAGGCUCGCGAUAUUGAAAUUGCCAUCAAGUGUGUCAGUCAGACGCUCGGGCUGCCUGGGUACAAUAUCAAGCACGAUGAUCCAGCCCUGCCGAGCAAACCCCUUCCACUGCGCAAACUUGUCAGCCGCAUCAAUAGCAGCAGCUUUGCCCUCAAGAGCGCACUUGGAACUCAUAUUCGCGAUGCCUUCCAAAGGCUGCUUCCUCCGCGUCUUGAUGCUGAUGUCUCCUUGAAUGUGUUCACAUCCACACGCACCAUACUCGAAACGACUAGAGAUUUUUCCAUGUUGGGUGAGGUCAUCAGGAGCUGCUCCAAAAUUUCCAACAUUGAGGUUCUAGCUGCCUGUGUUGACACCAUCAAUGUCAACCUACAGAUCCUUCUCGCGGUUGGUAUCGCGGAUGACCUGUUUACUCUCUUUGUUGAGCGACUCAAGGCAGCGAGCCGUGAGCACGGGCUCGUAGCUCGUCCUCUGCUUGCUGCCCUGUCAUCACUGGCACAGCGCAUGCCCAACCAAGGCGAAAUGGCCAAGAAUCUGCAGCAGGAGCUGACGCAGACCGACCGCAGUAAUCCAAUCGACGCCUGCUCCCCCGUCUCGGACAAUAUGGUCAGCCAAUCUACGAGCCCAGAGGGCGAGGUUUCCGAGCAAAUUGACAGGCUGCUGGCGACGGGCAACAGCGUCGAUCACCCCACGAUGAACCGUCUGUUUCGCCACAUUGUUCCCCGUCUCGAGGCCGGAUGGAACAAGCUAGACGCCAGCCGCCGAGUCUAUGCCUCCCUUCUUGCUAGAUUACGCAUCUUUGACACGCCGCAUUUUGAUAAGCUCAUGAGUGACUGGGUCAGCCAUAUUCGAUCGCUCAAGGAGCGACCCGCGCUACUGGAGCUGCUUCCGUUACUGGUUAGUCUUGGCUGCCUCACCAUGGCUACAGUCCUGCAUACAGCGAAUGCAGCUCCUGUCGCAGCAAAUGUCAACGCCAUCGAGUUUGGACCGCCCCGUGGCUCGGCCAUCUAUCUUGAAGAGCUUUUGCAGCUCAUCCUACGCAAGUUACCCCAGAAGAGCCCACUGACGGCUGACGAAUCCUACCGUUUUGUCGUCUACCAACAGUCAGCCAAAAUAGAGCAUUCCAAAGCCCUUUUGCUCUUGAUUCGCAAUGCGGUCCAAGAGUACUCGAUUCUCCGCUGUCGCUCUUCCACGACCGCACCUCCGCUUGACGAUCGAAGCUCCCAGGACGAUGUGCUGGAGGCUCUACGAGUUCUGGUAGUAACGGAACCUACGGCGGCCGCUGAAGCCCUUAGCAUGAAGGACCUAGCCCCCGAAGCCUCUGCUCUCAUUAGGGCUAUUGCUGCCAAGCUUCUGGCCCCUGGUGACGAAAACACAAGCUCUUCAUUUGACAAGAUUCUGGGUCUGGCCAACGAGCUUACGAUGCCGUUUUGCCAACUCAGUCUCAGUAUGGAGCUUUCCUUGCCGCAGGACAGCCGCAAUGGCAAUGAGGCAGACUCGCAAUUCGAUGUGUUCGCCAGGGCAAUGGACAGCGCUAUUGAGGCUCGUAACAUAAUGUGGACGAGCAUGCUGCCUUGCCUUAGCGAUGACAUUACGCAGCACCUACGCAGUCAGGCCCACGGACGCUUUCUCGAUAUGAUUCCGUCGUCCAAGGCGCCCAACUUGACCGAGCUAGCCACGAGCGAGGACAGGAUUCAGCUCGCCAAGAACCUGCUCGGCGUCAUAGAGGCCAUCAUCUCGGGCCAGCCGCCCUCAAAGUCUGCGCAGCUGACUUCGAUGCUGGUCGACAAGCUCACCGAUCUGUGGGAGAUUAUUUCUAGCCACGAGACGUCUGCGGCUCGGGACGCUGUUCGCAAGCACUGGCUACCGUUUUUGCUUCGCUUCAUCACCCUGCACAGCAUCUAUUCGUCCUCCUCCGCUGAUGUUUCCACCCCGACGGCCGCCUCCGCAUCCGGGGCCAGCUCAACCGUCGUCAACAAGAAUGUCAACAACGUUGGCGCGCCAGCGGCAGCCACCACCGCUACCAACAGCAUCACUAAUACCAAUAACGAGGCCCGCGCGCGCAUCGUCUUUGUCCUCUGCGGGAUUCUCUUCGCGCUCGAGGCGCAGCAGACGCUCCCGCCCGAUGGCAAGCUCGCGCAGCAAGUCUUUGACAUUGCGCUCCUCCUCGUCGACGCUCUCCCCGACGACCUGCGGCUGCACUGCGCGCGCGGCGUGCUCGCCAACCCCUCGGCGGUGCCUAGCGGUCCCAUGGCGUCGACGGCAACCUCAUCGCGCGGCGGUACCUCGGACUCGCGCAUCUACUACCUCUUUAGCGCGCCGCGGCCCACCGCCGCCGACAAUCUGAUGCUCGCGCACAGAGACAAGAGCGCCAUCCCACUGAGCGCUGCGGCGCGCGGCCUCGGCGCCAUGUACGGCAUCGGGCCAACCCUCCAGGAGAGGUACAGCCACUUUACGUUUCGGCGAUGGGAGGCGCUCAGCGAGCCGACACCUAAUGUGGGCGAAAAUGACACGAGUCUGUCCUUGGGCCUGUUUGAAGCCAUCAAGAUUCAGUAA